AAAAGGAAAAGGAAAAGGAAGGAAGGGGAGAAGAGCAGCACCACCGCCCAAAAACCCCAAUCCCCAAUCCCCAAUCUCUCUCUCUCUCUCUCUUGCAAACCGAACCCUAGGCUGGAUAGCAUCAGCAGCAAUGGCGCUGUGAAUCGAAUCGAAUCGAAUCCAAUCGAAUCCAAUCGUGCCGCCGGACGGAGGAGGAGGAGGAAGAAGAAGAAGCCAAAGCCAACAAGGGAGGAGGAGGAGGUGGGUGGAGAUGGGUCGCAACGAGGAGAAGGCGCGGGUGGCGCUGGACGCCAUGAAGAAGCUGGGGUUCGGCCGGAAGCAGGCCAUCCCCGUCCUCAAGCGCCUCUUCAGGCUCUUCCAACAACAGUGGGAGCCCAUCGAGGCAGAGUCCUACCGCGCCCUCGCCGACGCCAUACUCGACGACCAGCUUCAGGCCAACGCCGACGCCGACGCCGACGCCAACGGCAACGGCGGCGCAGGCAGUGUCGAUGGGGAUGAGGCGCCGGGCCAGGGCCAGGGCCAGGGCCAGGAGCCGCCGGAAAUGUCCACAUCUCAGCCGCAAACCUCCGGCUCCAGGACCGAUUUCAGACCCUCUGCUCCUCCACCCACCACCGCAAUAGGUGCUGCUACACUGCAAAUGCAAAUGCCACCAGGCGCUGCACCUGCACAAAGCUCCACACCCACACCCACACUGCUGAGCAAACAGAUGAUGGAUGCAGAUUUCCUCAAAGACCCCAAGCCCGAACCACCUCAACCUCUCGACAUGGAUGUGCAGCCUGGCUUGAUUCUCCGCUCCCGCAACCGCAACCGUCACCGUGCUUCCUCCUCCCAGUUCCAUGACACAAAUCCUCAACUCAUUUCAGGUGAUGAAAACAGGGCAAAUCAACAUCACAGCAGAAAUACAGACAUGUCUGUGGAGCCAACAAGCACCACACUGAUCAAUGGAACACGGUCUCAAGUGCAGGAAGCGCCGCCUUUAGAGAUUGAUGUAGCAUCAUCCCCUGGGGGCGAGGUUAAGCUGUCUCUCAAAUGCAGCGCACACCCAUCAAAGCUCAACAUGCCUGAUCUAGAAGCAGUAUACAAGAUGGUUGAGGACAAAUACGUCCGCUCAGGCAAGCUUCUUCCUCCUGAUUUCACCAUUCGCAGGCUCAUGGCCGAGAUAUGCCAGGGUGUUGUGCAGCUGGGCACUCAACAUACAGACACAGUGGAGCAUAUUACACAAUCAGAUACUGUUGGUAACGGCAGCACGUCUAAACACUUUGAGAGUGGUCCAGCGAGUUCAACUCUUGCCCAGAAGCAACAUUUGCCGCUUUCAAGGACUACCCAUGAUGUGGAUGACAUAUCCAAGGGAGAAGAAAAUGUCAAGAUACCGAUAGCAAAUGAAUCUGGCAGAGGCAAAUGCCCACCAUCCUUUUCUUAUAUGCCAGGCAAUGAGAUCUUCCAGAAGGCUAUGGUGAACAUCUCCCUUGCACGGAUUGGUGAUGAAGACUGCUGCGUUGAUUGCUUUGGCGACUGCUUGUCUGCGCCUGUACCAUGCGCUUGUGCAAGAGACACCGGGGGUGAAUAUGCAUACACACCGGACGGUUUGGUAAAGCCAGAAUUCAUUGACAAGUGCAUCUCCAUGAACCGGUUCCCCGAGGAACAUCACAAGGUCUUUUGUAGGACGUGCCCGCUCGGGAGGUCAAGAGGUAAAGCCUCACCAGAGCCUUGCAGGGGCCACCUUGUUCGGAAAUUCAUCAAGGAGUGCUGGAGCAAAUGCGGGUGCGGCAUGCGGUGCGGCAACCGUGUGGUCCAACGCGGCAUAGGACACAACCUCCAGGUGUUUCCCACGGGAAAUGGGAGGGGUUGGGGGCUGCGCACGCAGGAUGCAUUGCCAAAAGGAGCUUUUGUGUGCGAAUAUGCGGGGGAAAUACUAACAUGCGCAGAAGUAGAUGAGCGGGCGGUCGAGAACAUGAAGAAUGCUAGGUAUACACAUACGGUAGUCUUGGAUGCUGGCUGGUGUUCGGGAGGGGCGCUGAAGGACGAAGAGGCCUUGUGCCUAGAUGGAACCUUUUAUGGGAAUGUUGGCAGAUUCAUCAACCACAGAUGCCGUGAUGCAAAUCUGGCCAUGGUUCCUGUUCAAGUGGAGACUCCUGAUCGCCACUAUUACCAUGCUGCGUUAUUCACAAGCAGGAAGGUGGAGGCCCUUGAGGAACUGACAUGGGACUAUGGGAUCGAUUUUGAGUGGGAGUGGGAGUGGGAGUCGGGGCUGGUGAAGGUGUUUGAGUGCCUGUGUGGAAGCAAGUACUGCCGAGGAAGUCGGCAGCUGAUUUGGGUGGUUUGUGCUGGUUUUGCAGGGCAUGGGAGUGGGAGUGGGAGUGGGAAUGGGAAUGGCAAGAAGAGAAGCAGGAGGGGGGUUCCUCAGCAGAAUUGAAGGGCUAUAAUUCACCAGUAGGUUAGGCUGAUGAGAUGAGAUGCAUCUCUCUCUGAUUUGUUAGUGUUAGUGGCAGGCUCUGCUCUCAUUUGAUCUGAUGUGUGUAAUAAAGGAGUGAAGAGUUGUAGUAGUAGUUAGCAAGAGGAAGGAACACUAUCCAUGCAUGAAUGAGUACCUUCCUUCCUUUUCUUGGAUGGAUGGUUGAGAUUU